UCUCAAAAUACGCAAACAAUUUGCUCAUCAAGCUUUUGGUAAUUUUCCACCAGAAGAUUUUCACUGUCCCACCACGCGGCCCCAAAGUCCACCACUCAACACACCACACAAUAUGGGCGGUCCACCGGCCCCUACCUCCUCAAAUGGUCCACCAGAGGGCCAAACCUAUUGCUUGCGCUGGAACAAUCACAAAUCGAAUUUGGUCGAAAUCUUAGAUGCUCUCAUCAAAGUCGAAAGUUAUGUUGACUGCACCAUAGUUGUAGAUGAUCAAGUGCAAUUUAAGGCUCAUCGUGUUGUUUUGGCCGCCAAUUCACCCUAUUUCCAGUCCAUUUUACAGGAUUUACCCAUGGAUCAUUGUAGUAUUAUAUUUCCGGGUGUGAAAGCUUUUGAAAUGCGUGCUUUAUUGGAGUAUAUGUAUACGGGAGAAGUGAAUGUUACCCAAAGUCAAAUACCCAAAAUUAUGCGCAUAGCUGAGGAAUUGGAGGUUAAGGGUCUAUUCGAUAUGGCCGACUUAAAGGAAAAGUUCCAUAAACUAAGUGAAGAGCAUGCUGAAAGAUCGGCUAGUAAUCCCUAUGCCAGCACUUCGGCUCCUGCAAAUCCCUAUUCCUCGGUCACCACCACCACCUCCUCUCCUUCAAGCGCCAUUACAAAUCACAAACCCAGCCCCAAGGAUGCUGAAAACUAUCGUAACAAUUCCUCCUCCGUGAUCUCCACCUCCUCGAAUAUUUCACCUUCAGCAGCUCCCUCCAGCAGUUCAUCGCCUCCCUACAGCAAUUACAAAUCACCCUAUUCCAGUUUAUAUACCAAAUCGCCGGGGCCCAAUGCAAAUCAAUCUUCAGCUGCUCAAGCUCAAUCCAGUCAACAAACUCCCAGCAAUCUUACACCCACCAGUGAACGUUCCGCUCAAUGGCCUUUGUCACCCUCCUCGGCUGCUGCCGCUGCUGCCAUGUUAAGUUCUGUAUAUGAAUCUGCUCCCGAUAUGAAUCCCCUGAAACGUAAGAAGCUCUCCUCUAUGUCCAGCAUGUUAAUGAAUCGUGAUACUCCCAUACUGCGUAACGUUUUGGCCCAAGCUAAUCCUGCUGAUUCCUCACAACAAUUGCCUCUACUCUUACCCAAUGCAGCUGGCACUAAAGUUGACAAAUCCUCCAGUUCAGCCGGUAACAUGGAAAAGAAUCCAAGUGGCCAUAAUAACAAUCACAGUUUUAAUGGUUCCGAUUAUAGUGAUAAGAAAUACCAUGAUGAGCCUCAUUCCCCCUUUACCGAUCGUUCAUUUGAAGAUGAUGGCUUUGAUCCCAAGGGCAGCAAUUUUGGUGGCAAUUUUGCCAACAAUGCCAACCAAAAACCCGAAUGGAAACGUUACAAACAAUAUACCCGCAGUGAUAUCAUGUCUGCCAUACAGUGUGUACGUGAAGGCAUGAGUGCUUUGCAGGCUUCACGCAAAUUCGGUGUGCCAUCACGUACCUUGUACGACAAGGUCAAGAAAUUGGGCAUCACCACUGGCCGGCCUAUGAAUCGUACCAUGAAACGCAGUCCCAGCAGUGUUGAAUCAUCGGCUGCCUUCCCCUAUUCACAUGGCUAUGGACAAGCUUCGGCUGCUGCCGCCGCCAUGCAUGAUGCCGCUGUACGUGAGGAACGUGAAUUGAAGGAACAUCAUCGCAAUAGCGAACAUCAUCAUUUACCACCCACCAUUCCACAUCCCGCAGCUGCCCUAUUAGAUCAUGCUUUCUUGCAACAGGCUUUGGAAAAUCGUGGAGGUGGCGAUAUUGCGGGUCGUGAAGCAUUGCAUGCCAUGGCUUUGGCAGCUGCAGCUCAUGCCGCCGCCAAUCGUAUGUCCACCAGUCCCGGUCCCAAUGGCAAUGCUGUGCGUUCACCCAGUCCCACAAAUUUCGCCUUGAAAUACAACAAUAUGCGCAAUGCCGAACAAGAGCUAAUGGAACGCCACGAAUUGGAACGUGAACGAGAGAGAGAACGUGAAUUUGUGGAACGCGAAAGAGAGCGUGAACGCGAACGUGAUAUGGAACGCGAACGUGAUGAGGAAGAGGAUGAUCAUGUUGAGGAUUUAUCAGUGGCCCGCAAAGACAAUAACAGUUCUCCUUUAGAGGCUAGGGAAAGACCCGAAUCUCCCUACUCACCGGCUGUAACAGCCACUAGCGAUAAUGAGAAAUCGGUUAUAAUGACCACUAAACUGCCCUCAAAUCCCAGUAGUGAUGAUGCCUUUGUCAAUGAAACCAACAUGAACGUGAAACGGGAGGUGGUAAUAGAUGAUGUCAGAGCCGACUGAUUGAUGCUAACUAUGGCUUGGCAAUAUGCGGCCGAUACUUGUUACGAUGCUUUAUUUUCCUCGCGUUGAAGUAGUUAGUCAAAGUGGAAGAGAGAGAGAGAGAGCUGGCUACUCUAAGUAGAGGUGAAUAUAUAUUGUAUGUAUGUAUAUGUCAUGUAUAUUUAACAAAUCUUGAGAGCUUGAAAAUACUUAGUAUUGCAACUCUUUUUUUAAGUAAUGGAAAAGCAUUUGGCGAUUUCUUUAUUACUUGGAGUUACAAAUACUUUUGGAUAGUUCGGCUCAAUAGGAGAGAGUGGUUAGGUUA